AUUGGUUUGAAAAUAUAAAUUAAUUAAUACACAGUUUUUUAAUAGUUGAAAAAAUAUGGUUCACGUCUCCAAGGGAACGUUAAUUACAUGUGAUCAGUCAAUGAAACAAUUUUUAUUACAAUUGGAUCAAACUAACGCUCUUGGAAAAAAAUUUAUUCUACAAGAAUUGGACGAAGAACAUUUAUUUGUUUCAACUGAUGUAUUGGACACAUUGGAAGAUCGUGUUGACGAAUUAAUGGACCAACUUACUUUCACUCAAAAUUAAAACUAUUUAAAUAUUUAACUGU